AUGGAUCCCACAAAACUGCUAGGCUUCCGCGAUAGUUACCUAUUUUUUCAGAAAAAUCCCACUUUAAAGCGUGUGCGUAUUACAGAAGAUGAAAAGAAAGUAUUAGUAGACAUGGGAUUGUUAGUGCAUCAUUUCAAACAUAGAGAUGUAGCAGUUGUCACAGCUCGUUCUGUAUUCAAACGUUUUGGAUAUAGAGUAGUGAAACGCGGUAAACGUUUCAGAGAUGAUUAUUAUGAAAAUGCAAUGCAAGACGAUCAAUUUUCAUCAACGCCCGCAUCAGUACACGAUGCGGCAGAAAGUGACAGCAGGAGUGGUCGUAGGAAUAAUUUAUUAUCUUCAUCAGCAGCAUCGGUUUAUGACGAGGAUACAGACUCAGGACAGAACGAUGGCUCACGGAAAUCAUUGAUCAAUAAAUCAGCCAAAUCAGAAGGGUACGCUUCCAAUGCGCCUUUGAAUCAGGAAACUUGGAUGCAUCAUGCUGCUUUGGCAGCAAGAAGUUUUAAUGCGCAAUUACACGAACGUCGAUCUGAAAAACCAGUUUUUUAUGAUAUUCAUACCAAUGUAAAUCAGUUACCCUCAUCAUUCCAGACAACAGCUUGUCAUUUUGAAUUCACAAAAGGGCAAGUGGAUGAUAUUGAGUUCAAAAAAAAACGCAAUGAUUAUAAGAUACCUCUUUAUCGCGGAUUUGGCAAGAAUUUACUAGACUUGGAUAUGGAGAAACUAUUGAAAGAGUUACCAGACGAUAUUGAUAAAGAACGAGUGAAGGAAAUUGUAAAAGAAAAAACACCAUAUAAAACGAUACAAGAUAAAGACGAUUAUUAUCCGCUAUCGUUAAUGGAAGGCCAAUUCCAAGCGAACUUUGCAGUACAUCAAACUCGUUUUAAUUUUCCAGCACCCAAAGUGCCUGAUCCAGGCCAUUUAUUGGAUACAGCGCAAUCGUUAACGGCACAGCAACAUUAUCUAGGGCUCGUAUACCAAGCUGUUAAUCAAUUUGCCGAUCCCCAACGACAAGCAUUAUCACAACCAACACCGCCACCAGCGCAGCUAUCUAUGACUCGACCUCAAAAUUUUACAUCCAUUUCACCUCAACAACUGCCUCAACAUGUACCCACUCCUCCACAAAUGAUGAUGCAACAGCCUCCUCCUCCGCAAAGAAUACCGUCUAAUCAACAGCAGCAAUCACUUGUAUGUGGUAUUCAAGUAGGACCAGAUCAAUUCUGCACUCGAUUAGUGAACCGGCCUGGAGAACCAUGCCCUUUACAUGCUCCUGCUAAGCAAAUGUCCGAUUUUGCAAAAGGUCCACCACCGAAAAUUGUUUAUUCUGACAACAAGUGUGCGGAAUGUCAUCAAUUAAAAGCACCAGAAGAACAAUUUAAAUCAGAGGAAGAACAUAUUACUGAUGAUUUUACAGUCGUGAAAUGCUCAAAAUGUACACGGAAGUACCACCCUAUAUGUGCCAACCUGACUACACCACGACAAUUAGCAGCUGUAGAAUCUUAUCCUUGGUUGUGUCCGGAAUGUAAGAUCUGCUGCGUCUGCAAGAGUGCAGGAGAUGAAUCUACAUUGAUGAUUUGUGAUGGUUGUGAUAGAGGAUGGCAUACUGGCUGCUGCUCACCUCCAGUCGAAAAAGUACCAGAGGGAUCAUGGCUUUGCUCCUUAUGUGCCAAUUGUCAUAGUUGUAAUGAACAUGGCAUGGGAGAAGAAUCACAAUAUACACAUGCAGUUGCACCCAAGAGUGACCGUUACAAAUACCCGGUCUACCUCGCAACUUAUUGUCCUAAAUGUAUCCUUCAUUUCAAUGACGAUAGGUUUUGUCCUGCAUGCCUCAAAACGUAUUCUGAAGAGGAAAAUAAUGAAGAUGAAGAUAACGAGAUGGUCGCUUGUGAUAAUUGUGAUCACUGGGUUCACACACGUUGCGAUGAGUCUUUAACACCAGAAAGAUACCAAGUGCUGUGUGAUGAAGAAGAGGCAAAAUAUACAUGUCCUAUGUGUGAGGACAGAUUCAAACGACUAGUCGACACAAGUACAGCUGAUCUGGCCUUGAAGGGUUUAUCUGCACCCAGUGGAUAUGUUGUUGGUCUGUUGGGUGGAAAGGUUAAGACAAGAGGUAUCGUAAAGUAUAAGGAUAUUAAAAUUGGCGUGCCUGAAAUCAAUGGUACAGGAAUCGCCGAAAUGCCAGCAACAGCAACAACAAACGGACGAUAA